CGGUGAAGUGGGAGCCAGCACUGUGGGUUCCGUCUCGGUAUAUAUCGUCCCUCUGAUCGUCUGCUACAGGAAGCACAACUCAGAUCAAUCACUCAACACUCUCUUGACCACAGCCGCACAUUUGGCAUAGAUUCUGUCAUUCGUUUUCAAAGUCGAAUCUUACCAGCUUACCCAGAAGAAAGAAGAGUCUUUAUCACGAUGUAUCUCGAUAACCUUCUGGUCUCCGCCGCUCUCCUGGGCUUUGCGUCUGCUGAGUAUACGACCAAAUACCUCACCGGGUCGUCGAACAACACGAUCCAAGUCCUUGUCGAGGGAGACGGCCCGUCACUACUCGUCUGGCCGUCUUUCGCCCGGGAUAGCCUCGAUGAUUUCCACGAGUUCUCGACCGCCCUCGCCGACGCGGGCUACCGCGUGUUGCGUCCUCAGCCCCGAGGCAUGGGUGAAUCUACCGGCCCUAUUGACACUACUUGGGCCGAGGUGGGCGCCGACCUCGUCUCAGUCAUUGAUACGUUUGGCAACGGAAAGGCUAUAGUACUCGGUCACGCCGCCGGCCAGCGCAUGGCAAAGAACAUGGCUGCCGCCUACCCGGAAAAGGUGCUUUCGAUCGUCUUGGCGUGCAUCAACACCGGCAUCAACACCAAUGCCACGAUCGCAGCUACGGCAAACAUUGCGAGUAACUAUACGUACUCGGCAGAAGAGCGGCUCGUUGCUUUAGAAUUGGGCUACUUUGCUCCAGGACAUAAUGCCUCCCUAUGGUUGACUGGUUGGUACCUUGAGGCAAUGGGCUCCGUAACUGGGGCUCCCACGAGCACAACGAUCGGCAGCAACAAUACGCAGAUCUUGGACGUCAUCGCAACAUUGGAUCCGUGGAGGAGAGAGGACCAAUGGAACUACACGACUGGACUGGUUGGAAGUCGGUCCACGGUUGUCUUUGUUGAAGAUGCUUCUCACGCGCUGUUCCCUGAGAACUUGCAGGGCGUUGUGGAUGUCAUGUUGCCAUGGUUGGAAACCCAGACUUCGUCUUGGAAAUAAUUGCUUUCAGCACCGAAAUAGCCGGCAAAGGAUAAUUUUACAGACAAAUAUGAAAUAAAGGCCGUUGAAAUAAUGGCGUGACCAAAGCUUUCGGAGCAUGCCAUAUUCCAAGUGCAUGAGUUCCU